GUGCGCACCGAUCCCUGAUUGAGGCGUGUGAUGCCAAGUGAGACACAUCCACUACAGCAAAGGUGGGAACAUAAGCGAACAUUUAGUAAAGUGCAGUUUUGUUUUUACAUUUGUUUUGCAGAGGUUUGGAAAGCGACAACUUGCCUCGGUCUGAAGUGCGAAGAACCAUGGAUGAAGAGUUAUUUUUACCACUUUAGAGGUUCAGACAAAAACUGACAAAAGGUCUGGAUCGAACUCUCCGUAACCUCAAUGAUCAUUAUUAAAUAAAUAAGACAUAAACAUGGAUCUUUAUGCGCGAAAUGAGACAUUUACAUCUCCCGAGUGGGUCGGAGCGCAGACUGACGCGCUGCAGAGCGGAGCCGGUAACGGGAGUUUGGAGGCAUCAAACAUCACCAGCGGCAACGAUUCCACACACAUACCUCAGCGCGUGAGGUACAAAGAUGAUGACCACACGCUGCGGAUCCUGCUCUACUCGCUCAUCUUCUUCCUGAGUGUGUUUGGCAACCUGCUGAUCAUUGUGGUGCUGACAGUCAAUAAGCGCAUGCGCACCGUGACCAACUCCUUCCUGCUGUCGCUCGCCGUCAGCGACCUGAUGAUGGCCGUCUUCUGCAUGCCCUUCACCCUCAUUCCCAGCAUCCUCAAGGACUUCAUCUUUGGAGCUGCCAUGUGCAAGAUAGUGUCCUACCUCAUGGGAAUAUCAGUGAGCAUCUCCACAUUUAGCCUGGUUGCCAUAGCGAUCGAGCGCUACAGCGCCAUCUGUAAUCCCCUGAAGUCACGGGUGUGGCAGACCCGAUCCCAUGCCUAUCGGGUGAUUGCUGCGACGUGGGUGCUGGCCUUCAUCAUCAUGAUCCCCUAUCCAAUCAUCAGUCACCUGGAGUCUUUUCAGCGUCCUGACAACACCACUGCCCACCAGUGUCGCCACAAGUGGCCCGUCGCAAUGGCAGAGCAGGCCUGGUACAUUAUGCUGCUGCUCGUGCUGUUCGCCAUCCCAGGCUUGGUGAUGAUUGUAGCCUACGGACUGAUCUCCAGGGAACUUUACAGAGGCAUCCAGUUUGAGAUGGGCCACAAAAAAGACUCUACUGAUGUGAAGAAUGGACUGACCUCCACUGUGUCGACUGGCAGUGAUGAUGGAGAUGGUUGCUAUGUGAACGUCGUCCAGCGGCCACACUCGAUGGAGAUGUCCACCAUGUCCUCAUCCAACAGAGCCGUCAAGGUGGAAAGACCGCGCAGCAACACAUCUGAGGCCAAGCUGGAGGCCAAGAAGCGAGUUAUCCGCAUGCUGGUGGUCAUUGUUGUCCUGUUCUUUCUCUGCUGGAUGCCACUGUACUGUGCCAACACCUGGCGAGCUUUCGAUGACAUCUCUGCCAAACAAGCCCUCUCGGGGGCACCCAUUGCUUUUAUCCAUUUGUUGUGCUACACUUCCGCCUGCGUCAACCCAAUUAUUUACUGCUUCAUGAACACACGCUUCCGCAAAGCUCUGCUAGCCACGUUCUCGUGCUGCGCUGCACCUUGCCACCGUCGCCAUCCUCGCCGUGGGCUACGGGACAACGAGGAGGAUGUUAUGGCAACGGGAGCAUCCAUGUCCAAGUUCAGUUACACUACAGUCAGCACCAUGGGAACCUGCUGAGGCAGAUGGAUGCAGGCACAAUCCAGAAGAGACAGUUACUACGGCAACACAGCACCCCACAUCCUUUGUCUUUAGGCCAAUUCUGUACUCAUAGGGACAGUGAUGUGGAGUGGAAAAACAGGCCAUAUAGUGUAGCAGCAUAGAAGCUUCACCCAUGACUGUGAGUAAAGUUACGUAGGGAUCAUUUAUGGAAACACAGUCUUACAGUGUAAAUACCUCCAUACAGUAGCUAUAUUAAAAACAGCACAAAAAAUUAUAGUUAUUUCUUGUCACAGUGGACCAAGGCAAAUCUUUGCUUAGAUGUUUACGGUGGGGCGUGUGUGAGUGUGUGUGCGUGAGUGUGUGGUGGUGGUGGGCUGUAUGAUAACUUCAUCACGUAGCUAUAAACACAGGAAGAUCGUUUGCUAUGUAAUUUUUAAAUUGUGUUUUAUAUUUUGCUGUCAGUUGUUCAUCCGUGUUAACGAUGGUGAAGCAAUUGCCUUGUGGACUAAGUGCCUGGUUCUAAAUACUAGUGUGUUAUAUUUGUCUGCUGUUGAUUCGCCUCAUUCAUCACAGGCACCAUAAUCACAGGCAAAUUGUAACCUGAGGGGUUGUGGAAGUGGAGUUUACAGACUGAAAGUAUGUUCUAAACAAACUGAAAAUCCUCCUCAGAAGAUAAGAAUUUCAUCCAGACGGGACCUGAUAAAUGAGUCUGAAGCUCUACAUGGUUCCACGGUUCGCAGGAAACGUGCUAUAAACAGCUUAGAUGGGCAGUGGUGAUGCCUUGUGUUGUGGUUGUACACUAGCCAACUUUGUGUUUUUGAGUUUGUAGAGGCAGAUUUUCUGUGUGUGCUGCAGUGUUUGUUUGUGUUGUGUCCUCAUAGGUGAACACAGUAGCAAAUGUUAACAGGGUGACUUGAAGGGUUGUGUUUCUUUCUAGUAUCAGGACUCUUGUUUGAGGGCAGUAUACAAUUCGCUGGAGAACAUCUGAAAUGGAAGUUGGGAUACGUCAGAGACUACUUCACUAUCAAAAGACCACUCCAUAUGUACGGUAUAAAAGUAGUUUUAUUCGGGGUGAUGAGAGGAUUAGGGAAAGAUGAGGUGAGGAUCGAGUUUGAUGGUUUGAUGGUGUUAAGGGAAGGGUUGAAAACGGGGUAGAUGGACUGGUCCUGAAGGUGGGUAGGGGUCAUGUAUGAUGGGGUGAUUGUGGUCAAGAGGGAUGAACAGGGUUUAACAGAGUCGUGAUGAGGCUGGAGCAUAUUAAACUGUAUUAAAUAAUGGACGUAGCCACCAUGACAUCACCCAUUGGUUUCUGGACUCCCAUUUUUAAGGCUCAAAUUUAGCAUUUCGGCCUUUGCUAUCUUGAUGUUUUGGAGCCACAUUUGGAUGAGAGGCUGGAGCUGGGGAGGAGCAAAGGGUGGAUCUGACUGAGGAGCUGAAGACACUGUUGGUGUCCCGCCCUUAAUUAUGCUUAACUUUAAGCCUUAAUAUCACUUAAAGGGAUGAGUUAUAUGAAAACUCCCCCCUGUGCAGUUGUCAUGAAGGGGAAAUAGCUAAACAGGCCCAAACUGUUUUUUGUGCCAGGCUAUAAACAUUUUUAUUUAGGCUGUAAAGUUGGGCAUAUUAACAUAAGCGUCAAUUGGGACUGACUGGCUUCUGGAGCCAGCCUCAAGAACUGCAGUUUUUGGCACCCUGACGGUUGUUGCUUGGUCGAGUCUCAGGGUGGGGACACGUCCUUUCUGACCUUCGCCAUGCCCUUGGGGGUUCAUAUCUGGGGCCUUCUUUUUGUUAGUAACGAUGCUAGCGGCAGAGCAGGAAGAGAAGAGGAGAACGACGUUUGGGGGAAGGAAGGUCAUGAGAUCUGAGAAAAACAGUAGAGAAAGGGAUAGCCACACCUGAGACCAGGUUUAAACAGAAUUAAUGGGCACAGGUGGGAGAGAGACACAUGCUCUCGUCACAUUAGAAAAACUCCCCUUAAAAAGAGGGUGCUCUAUAUUUCUAUAGAUACAAGGACUUUGAUGAAGUCGCCAGAGGUAAUCUUAUAUCUUGAAAAAAAAACAAAAAAAACUUCACUGCAGCCUCACAGUAUGUUUUAUGGAGGCAGCAAGAGGAUUAAGUAACUACAGUGAAUACAAAUAUGUUCAGUGAUAGUUCAGUGACUUGCAGUUCCUGUUGAGCUCACCUGCAGGCUACAAAAUGGCAGCCAGGUUUCAGAGGUCUGUGUUUGUCAGGCCCUGUCUAGCACGCUUGACUCUGGCUCUCCUGCGCACCUCGCACUAAUUGCAUUACAACCUCAAACCUGCCAGGCUGAACAGAUGAGCGUAUUUCACUGAGUGCACCAAAGCACAAUGCUGUCAGCCUCUCAACUAAUAGAUGUAUGGACUUGCUUUUGUGAGCAUUUUUUUAAUAUUUUUUUUUUUUGGAGGAGGAGGAGGAUUUUAGAUUGGCCUGCAGCUUUUGUGGUUUAUUGUGUGCACCUUUCCCUUUGUGUUUAAAAUAUAAAUCAUAGUGAAGCCUUUCUAUGAGACUAAAAUAGUGUAAGAGGGAGGAAUUUUAUCAGCUGAAACCUCUGUGUUAUGGAAAGUACAGCAAAUGACAACCUUGUUGACAACCCUAGACGAUAAAAUCGUACACUUAUGUGCUAACAAAUUAAUAUCUGCAGCUCCUGUUCCUAUGUCAUUAAAAUGAGACAACCGUAUAUUCUUUCCGCUUCAUGUCAAGUGUACGAAGGAAGGCAAAGUGACAGCAGAACAUUGCCUUCACCUUCCCCUUGGCUCACUGUGCAAACUCAGCCCCCAUCAUGUUCGAAGCACAAGAGGCACACAUUCAUCUAGAUGAUGAUUGUCUCUGGGCUUCAUGACCCACUGCUGAUUACCAUUGGGCACUGGGCCUUUGUAUAUAUGGCUCUGGUUUUAAAUGCGCACAUACAAUGAUGCCAUAGUGAGAUCAUGUGUGUCCUCAAAUUGAAAUGCCCGUCUGGUCUCGAAAUCUUGCUGUCAAACCUUGGAAAAGCAGACAUUUUGUAUGGUGAAUAAAGUUCUCCCGCAGUAAAAAGCAGACAGAGGGAUUUAUGUGUCUGCUAGAAGCAUUUCCCACAUAGAGAAAUACUGUAACGCUGCUGUCUGUGUUGUUGUUUAUGAGAGACGCUUGGAAAACUUAUUUUUUUUCAUAGAGAGUGAGGCUGUGAGAGGCUGAUUUCCCUGCGGUGUCAUAGAGGCCGUUUGACGUUAUGACUUGCUCCCCAAUCUACUGCAUCUCAUCCAGUCGGCACACACACAUACACACACACACACAUACACAGACUACUCCUGUUUAAACUAGUUAUUAUGUACUUGCUCACAACCAAUUACAGACAUGCCAAUAAUUAGUUAUUUUCCUCUUUGACCAAAUUAAUACUACCCAUUAAAUUAAAGCUCAGUGUAAAAAUAACUGUGAUGACUAAUAUGCAGUGGGUAGUGAUUGUAUCACUAAUUACCAUAUUCCAAAUUAUGUAUAAAUGUCAAUGUGAACAGAGGUACUAAAGGUUACUUUAAAUGCCACCCUCAGUCCUCUGUUUUAAAUUUGGAUGUUAGUGAUCCCACUCACAAGUUUCAUAUUAUAUGUCACAUUUAUUCUGCGGACAGAAAUGACUGUCCUGCACAAUAGCUACAGAUGGUGUUGCCAAGGGUGCCAUGAGUUCAAAGCUGCACUAAUUCACAUUAACAGUAGAUCAGUCUUCUACGUGUAAUGUGAAAGGGGUCAGUCACAGUGACAAACCCACAGAGGAUUAUCAGCCAUGUCCACAGUUCCCUUCAGCUACUGAGAGUGUUUUUGCCUUUUUUUUGGAUCAUAUUUUUGGUUCUCCAGCCUGUAACUCUGCUCUCAUCAAUUCUGCAGCAAGCUGUUUUCAGCAGAUAAUCCGACCAAACAGCAGACUAUGUGUUUGUGACUAUUUGGUGACUAUUUGGUGAACAUAAAGGAGAAUCUAGCUGCCCGUAUAUUUCCCUCAGGAGCUGGUGGAGACCAAAACAGAGGACAAAGGACAGCAAAUAUUGGACUUAAAUUCACUGGGUGGCCACAAACAUAACUGAAUAUAUGCUAAUAUAGCUUUGUUUCUGCUGGAUGUGCACGGCAACUGUUAGCUAACAUGUUAGCCAUAACAAGUAAAAAAAAUUGUCAAUUCUAUGAAAACAAAACAAACAAACAAAUACAAAUGGUGUUGCCAUACAUAUGUAUAUGAAUAGAGCUAUAUAUUUAAAUUGCAAAGGUCAACCCUUUAAAACCUGGAGCGACACCACUUUUCUUGUGCUGCUUUCAGACACCUUUCGCAAGUAUUUAACCCCAGCGAUUUCUUUAAAAAACAU